AUGGCGUGCUGCCAUACAGACUGCAUUGAGAAGCCUUUAUCAAAACUCUUUAAAAAAUUCGGACGUCUUGUCGGCUCUCACCCCUACUGGUUUCUCAUCAUCCCCAUGUUAGUCUCCACUGCGUUGGGAGGGGGAUUUUAUUUUCUCAAAGACAGAGAAGCGAAUGACAUCGAGGAACAGUUUACCCCGCUGAAUGGACUUGCCAAGCAAGAGAGACAAUUCGUCAAGGAAAACUUCCCUUACGACGAAUCAACGUUUUCCAUCCAGAGGCUGUACACUGAAGGAACAUACGCAUCUCUCAUAGCUGUGUCAAAAAAUGGUGACAAUAUACUGACAAAGGCAGCAUUUGAAGAAGUUAUCUAUUUGGACGAAAAAAUCCGAAAUAUCAGUGUGAGUGCCAAAUCGUUAAAGUUCGCGAACAUCUGCGCACAAGCUAAUGAUGUGUGCGUCUCCAAUGCCAUAUUACAAAUUAUUGAUAACAAUGCCACUAAGAUUUCAGAAAUCAACAUCACUUUCCCCUGGCAUGGAGACUAUUUUCUUGGCUUUACGGUCGGUGGGGUUAAAGUGAACAGAGAUGACAUUGUCGAACAGGCUCGGGCAAUACGACUUUUCUACUAUUUAAGAGAGGACGAAGAAGACCGCCAGAAUGUAGAUUUGUGGCUGAAUGAAUUCCUUAACGUCUCCUCCAAAAUAGUGACCAUGAACUCUAUUGAGGUGUCUUAUUUCACAUCUCGAUCACGUCAGGAGGAGCUCGAGGGCAACACCAAAGAAGUGAUCCCUUUGUUUUCGGUCACGUACUUCCUCGCCAUUACUUUCUCAAUUGUAUCUUGCAUAAGGCUGGACAGUGUGAGGAACAAGGUGUGGGUGGCUGCCUUUGGUGUGCUCUCUGCCGGCCUGGCGGUGCUGUCCAGUUUUGGGAUGAUGCUCUACAUUGGUGUGCCUUUUGCCAUGACUGCAGCUAACUCUCCCUUCCUGAUACUCGGAGUUGGCGUCGAUAACAUGUUCAUCAUGAUAUCUGCCUGGCAGCAGACCAACGUCCAUGACAAGGUUGAGGAGCGUCUGGCCGACAUGUACAAAGAGGCGGCCAUCUCCAUCACCAUCACCACGCUGACCGACAUCUUGGCUUUCUACAUCGGCCUCAUGACUCCCUUCGGCUCUGUCCGGUCCUUCUGUCUGUACACUGGCACAGCUUUCCUUUUCUGCUACCUCUACAACAUCACAUUCUUCGGCGCCUUUAUGGCGUUGAAUGGAAGGAGGGAAGCCAGCAACCGACACUGGCUGACCUGCAUGAAGAUUCCAUUAGAACGUCCCCAGGAAAGUUCUAAAGGUCACAGUAUCUGUUGUGUGGGAGGGGCUUAUGACAGAGAAACAAAUAAAGAAGAGAAACAGCCAAUGAAUCAUUUUUUUAAGAAAUACUACGGGCCGUUUCUGACUAAAACAUGGACCAAAGGCUUUGUGGUCCUGCUCUAUGCUGCCUAUUUGGCUGGAAGCAUUUACGGAUGUUUUCAGAUACAGGAGGGCAUAGACGUUAGAAAUUUGGCACCUGACGACUCCUAUGUUGUUAAGUACUAUGACGACGAGAAGGCAUACUUCAAUAGAUAUGGUCCGAAUGUUAUGGUAAUUAUAGAUGGUGAAUUUCCGUAUUGGAAUCAGAGUGAAAGGGAAUAUCUCAAUGUGAGCCUGAAAAUUUUUGAAAAUCUAGAAUUUAUUGAUAAAACCUUAUUUGUGUCGUGGCUUGAGUUAUAUGAAAUCUAUGCAAGAGAUAAAUUCAAUAUGAGUAAUGAAACUGAAUUCAAAGCAAAUUUAAUUACAUUUUUAAAUGUAAGUGGCUUUAACCAAGAUGUUAACUUCACCAAUGACAAGAUUUAUGCUUCUCGUUUCUUCAUACAGACUAUAAACAUAACUAAUUCCCUUGAAGAAGAGAACAUGUUGAAUAAGCUGAGAGAGACAGCUGCAAAGAGCUCCUUGCAGAAUGCCUCCUUAAUGGUUUAUCACCCAGCAUUUAUUUACUAUGACCAGUAUGCUGUCAUAGUGAGUAACACCAUACAGAAUGUUGUAGUUGCCACGGCAGCCAUGUGGGUGAUCUCCCUCCUGCUGAUUCCAAACCCUCUCUGCUCUCUGUGGGUGACCUUUGCCAUCGCCUCUGUCAUUGCGGGCGUGGCCGGGUUCAUGGCUUUGUGGGACGUUAAUCUGGACUCCAUAUCCAUGAUUAACCUGGUUGUCUGCAUUGGCUUCUCAGUGGACUUCUCUGCGCACAUUUCAUACGCCUUUGUCUCAAACAGUAAGCCGAGGGCCAACGAGAAGGCUGUUGAGGCGCUCUUUUCCCUGGGCUAUCCUAUAGUGCAGGGGGCAGUCUCCACCAUACUGGGGGUGGUGGUGCUGUCUGCUUCAAAGAGCUACAUCUUCAGAACCUUCUUCAAGAUCAUGUUCCUGGUCAUCCUGUUUGGGGCGGUUCACGGCGUCAUGUUCAUCCCGGUGUUUCUGACCUUUUUUGGAAUUUGUAGCAAGUCGGGUAAAGUCAACAGUGAAGAAAAACACGUGGAUGCGGGGCAAAAGGAAGAAGGGGUCGUAAAAACUGUUCACGUGUAUGAAAAUCGCAUAUGUGUGCUGGCCGAUGAGGAGCCUGAACUUCAACUUGUGGAGCUCUCCUAA